ACUGUAUCAUAAAAUGAUGAUGAUGAUAGUAAUAAUAAUUAUUAUUAUUUUUAAAAAGAAAGAACUACUACUGUAGUUUGCAGAGUCCUCCUGUAACAAAACAUCUUAAAUCUCCAGGGACACAUACCCAGUGCUGUGACAUGACUAGGACUGGAAUCAUGGUAUCCAAGCAUACCCUGAGAAAUUGUUUAAGAUGCUUGACUUGUCUCUGUUUACAAAGAAAAAGAAUGAAGCAAUCUUCUGACUGCUGGUAAAAUGAGUUAUUGAAACUGCUUUAUUUCUGGAGUAGAGACUUGGAGUUUGCAGAAUGCAUCUUUGCUUUGUUUCUAGAAUGUCUGAGUUGCUUCCUGAUUUAUGUGCGUGCUUAGCUGUGCAGUGUGCGUAGCAACACUGUUAGCAACGGUGGGUGGCAGAUUAAUUAUUUAGAGAAAGAAAGCGUUACAAAUUCCUGAAAUUAAAGUUGACAGACAUCACUGUGGUUUUUCAUUCUUGAUUUUUUUGGUUUUGUUUGUUUUGGUCUUUGGUGAAGAAAGAAAAUAAAAGAGAAACCUUCAACUGCAAGCUUUUCUGGAACCUGGUAAAGACUGGAGACCAUUUGUGUUAUGACUUGAAGAUAUAUAUGUUAGUAUUUCUGCUCCAUUCUUGAGGAGCGCUAACAGAUUGUUAAAGUGCAUCCGAGGAUAGGAAAAGUGACUACCAAAAAACGCACCUGACAGAUCUGGACCCGUCUGAGAUGGCUCAUUGCUUAUGAUUUGUCACCGCUUUCUGGCUUUACCCACUGGUGGGGAAAGGGUGUCCGGGGAGCUGCUCGGGGUGGGCUGCCCAGACCCCGAGGCGAGCGCCCCGGGCUGCCAACCACGCCUCCCCCUGCGGCCGCUGAUUGGUGGGGCCUCAGCAUCAGCAGCAUCGCCCAGCGAGGGAGGGCGCCGCGCCUUCAGCAGCUCCAGUCGCCGGGAUCCUCGGCUCCCCCGGGCGAGACCUGGAGCUUGCACUGCGAGCCACCGCUUCUACCCGACCGCCUGCUGCCCACUCGCUCCUCUACUCUCUGGCCCUCCCCAGCAAAAGUGGCGCCUUCGGCAGCCAGGACAACCUCGUCUCCUCCAGGGCGGCUCGGGGAGGAGGAGGUUCCUGACCCUCUGGCUUCGGAGCCACUGCGGUCGCUGCACCCCAGCCGCCAAGACGCCUCGUAUCUUGUACCGCGGGAAAAGCGGAUCCUCAUCCAAGAUGGGCCGGCAGGGCUCGGGGGGCGCCGGCAAUGCAGGGCGCUCCAUGCAGCGCUCCCAGAGCCGGAGCAGCCUGUCUGCCUCCUUUGAGGCCCUGGCGGGCUACUUCCCCUGCAUGAACUCUCUGGAGGAGGAAGAAGGAGAAGCAGGUGGUAAAAAAUUACGGAGCACUGUCCAGAGAAGUACGGAGACAGGUCUGGCAGUGGAAAUGAGGAACUGGAUGACUCGACAAGCCAGCCGAGAAUCUACAGAUGGCAGCAUGAACAGCUACAGCUCGGAAGGAAAUCUGAUUUUCCCUGGUGUCCGCUUGGCCUCCGACAGCCAAUUCAGUGAUUUCCUGGAUGGCCUUGGGCCUGCUCAGCUGGUGGGACGCCAGACCCUGGCUACACCUGCAAUGGGUGACAUUCAGGUAGGCAUGAUGGACAAAAAGGGACAGUUGGAGGUGGAAAUCAUUCGGGCCCGUGGCCUUGUUGUAAAACCAGGUUCCAAGACACUGCCAGCACCAUACGUAAAGGUGUAUCUCUUAGAUAAUGGAGUCUGCAUAGCCAAAAAGAAAACAAAAGUGGCAAGAAAAACGCUGGAACCUCUUUAUCAGCAGCUGUUAUCUUUUGAAGAGAGUCCCCAAGGAAAAGUUUUACAGAUUAUUGUCUGGGGAGAUUAUGGUCGCAUGGAUCACAAAUCCUUCAUGGGAGUGGCUCAGAUACUUUUAGAUGAACUGGAACUAUCCAACAUGGUGAUUGGAUGGUUUAAACUUUUUCCACCUUCCUCUCUAGUAGAUCCAACAUUGGCCCCUCUGACAAGAAGAGCCUCCCAAUCAUCUCUGGAAAGUUCAACUGGACCUUCCUACUCUCGCUCAUAGCAGCUGUAAAACUGUUGUCACAGCAACCAGCGUUCCAAAAAAAAAAAAAAAAUUUCACAGGUCGCCAACCCUGGUAACACUGCAUGCUUAAUAUUGUGUCUUCUGAGCCUGUUUCUAGGGAUACGAAGCGAUCCUGUGUUCUCAGAGGAAGUCGCACACAUUGUGCCCUAACGAAGGCCCUCAGGUGAAGAACUAUCAGCUGUGGAGUUCAGUGACACUCAUUUUUGGUCCAAUCUGAAGCCAUGGAUUAAUCUCAAAGAAUCAGUCAGUUUCAUGCAACAAAAGCCCUUUUCAAUGGCACCUUUAUAUUUUUAUCUUACCUUUUUCUUCAUUUAUCUGACCCCAAAGCCCUGUUACGCCACAGACAUGGAGUUGUAUAACCAUUAAGCCAUGUUACAGAUCAAGGAGACAAGUUCUAGGAAGCAUCAGGUGAAAAGCCUAAGACCAAAGAACUGGUCAGGAGCAGGGCACAAGCCCCUCUCUGGAUGAUGAAGCAGGGUGGUCAGUCCAGAAGGGAGAGAGAGACCGACUGGGCAGCUCCAGUGGACACCUCCUUCACCAAUGCCAAGACACAUUGGACUCUGGAAACAAGAUCUGUGGCAACACUGGACUGAAUGAAAUUAAAGAAACUCUUUUUGCAUGGACACAGAUUAGCUGAAUACAUAAAUUAUUUUCUUGGGGCUGCAACUUGCAAAACAAGAAUAAAAAUCAGCCAUUUUCAACAAUUUAUAUUAUUUUUAAAAAUAAAUUUCACUAGUGCAUGGUUUUAAAGGGGGAGAGAAUGCAACAGGGUGAUACAAAGACAGACCAUGUUUAUUCUUUAAACUACGCAGUCUGUGUUUUGGCAGACAUUACAAACGAAAGUACUUUCUAAAAAAUACUGAAAAUUCUGUUUCUGUGACAAAUAAGUAUAAUAUACUCAAUUUAUUUCCAUGUUAAAUAUACAAAUCUUAUGAAGUUCAAUAUGUGCAAAUUUUUCACAUCUUCUUUCGUCUUCUCUGUCUCACUUUUCCUAUUGUCCCCUCUUUUACUCUUUUCUUUCUACUUACCAGAAUGAACCAUAUGCUAAAAGCUUACUAAGUUUUCAUCUGAUCCUCUCUUACACCCCAUGUUUCAUUCAGAACUAUCAGUGCUUCUGAAUUUAUAAAUUUCUCAAGGAAAAACAACUCUUUAAGAGCUUUCUUUAUUUCAAGCAUGUUGAAAAGGAUUUUGCAACAUGACUUGGGAGUACAUUAAAGUAAGUCAGCAUGUAUUCGACAAAGAAGAUAUUCGAACUUUUGCAAUUGUACAGUGCAUGGUAAUUUUUUUUCACCUUCAAAAUUCUGUUUACAGGAAAUUCCUAAAAUCAUGUGGCCAUUGUGAUGUCUAAUGAGUUUAUUUUUAGCACCAGCAUUAUUCAUACAGGGGUUAAAGUAUUAUUUAUAGAAGGUCGUAGGUUUUGUUUGUUUUUUAAUCAGUUAAAGCAAUUUCUUUAGCCAGUUUCCAUUUCCUAUGUGAAUAGAAACAAUGCUGAAAAUUUGGAGCCCCCAAACACAGGGCUGUUUAUUAAUUCAUUUUUCUGUAGUAAAAAUUCAAUUUUUCACAAAUUAUAUUUCUAAAGAAAUAUAGUAAGCAUAAAUUUGCAACAAUUUUAAAGCUCCAAUUUUUAGGUGACACAAAAAAGUCAGUAUGCCUAUUGAUAGUUCCUUGAUGCCAUCACCAAAAGUCUCCGAGAAAAAUCCCUUAAGUCACAACCCCUGCCUUUGCUUUCACAGACAUUGGGUGGUGCUGCAAGGUCAACUUUCUUCCCAGUUCCCCUAUUUGGAGGAAGAGUCACUGGUUAAUGUAAUAAGCCACCCAUAUUUUCUUGUUGUUAAUGCAUACUUUAAUUAUUCAUACAUUGUUAUGAAUUAAGUUCCUUGUAAUAAUUUUUGAAAUCCACAUACAUUCCGUUUCUUUUGAUUAAGGCCAUGCACAAAAUUUGUCUUCUUUGCUUUUAUUUUUUUGAUUCAGUGCUGACCAUUAAAAGUUGUUAUGCUUGAUAUGGUGCAAAAGUUAAAAAUGAGUAUCACUAAAAAUGCCUUCUCUUUACGUGGUGCAAUAUGAAAUACACCGAGCCUGUGUCUUGAUGUUUUGUGAUAUGCGAUGGACCCAGGUAAAAUUAUUAAAAGAAAGGAGAAAACUGUAUCGAAGUAAUUUAGACACCUGUGUACCAGCAGCAAUUGAUUUAAAUAGGCCUGUAAUGUCUACACUACCCCCUUAGAAUAAAGGUCAUCCAUUCUCCCGAUAGUAAGAUGCAGUCACAUUAUCUUUUGUGCAUAUUCCUAUACAAAUUAUUUCUAAUUUUAAUAAGAAGGACAUAACUGUGUGGAAUAUUUGUACAUACUUGUCAUUAUGCAGUAUUUAUUUAAAAGUUGGUGUAUUUUGUGUUUUUUUGUUUGUCUUUUUGAAUUUUCACAUGUCUGCACCUCAACUAUGAUUUAGUCAUGUAAAUAGCACCAUGCCAGUGACCAUUGCUGCCCUGUACAUAGUAUGUUUUCAAAGUAAAGGGAAUUUCAGUUGGGGGGGGAAAGAGGGAGGAUUAGUCCUGUAACCAACACACCAACUAAUGUAAAUCAAAUUCAUUCUGGUGAUGGUAUUAACACUUUAAAUAAAACAUUUUCUUUACAGACGCUGUGUGAAGUGCUUUCUCUGACUUCUCCCCUGCCACAGCUUAUCCUUGACCUCAUUUGUCGUUGAAAGACUACAAGAUCAUCCUUUCCUAACUCUGCAUAGGCUAUGGUUUUAGCCAAAAUUCCUCAGGAGAGCAUUGCUUUGAGGUCCCUGAAGCUCUCUGCUCACAUCAUUGAAAGAUGCUAGAUUUUUUG